UCAAUAAUAACCAUGGCGCCGCCGGAGCUACAAAAAUAAUGAAGUAUAAGGGAUUUUUCACUUUCCCGCCAUGGAAACAGCCGCUGGACAGUCUGUCUGUUCAGCAUGAUGCUGCUGGUGAUUUAGAGUAGUCGCUAUAACGGCUGAGGUUUAAUGUCGUAAGCGGACAGGUUUGUUGUUAUACACUAAGUUACAUAGCUUUAGCUUAGCUAAGCUAGGUCAGGUUAGUGAAGCUAAACUUAAGCUUAAUUCCCGCGUCUGUGUUUGGACUGAACUCCAGCGCUUGUAGAAACGAUGAGGAGAAGCCUUGCACCGAGCCAGCUUGCCAAAAGAAAACAAAGAGAGGAUUCAUCAGAGGAUGAGGACUGGCAUCCUGAUACUACAGCUAAAAGGAAGAAAGGGGAGAAAGACUGUCGAGAAAAUUACAUAUCUCCGUAUAGAAAACCGCUCACACAGCUCACCAACCGACCCCUGUGUGUGGACAGCAAUGAGCACGAGGCUUUCAUUCGAAGUAUCCUUUCAAGACCAUUCAAGAUUCCCAUCCCUAAUUACACAGGGUCAUUGGGGGUGCGUGCUUUGGGUCUGAGGAAAGCGGGGGUGAGAAAGGCUCUGUAUGACCCAUUUGAAGACGGGGCUUUGGUUCUAUAUGAGCCCCCUGCUAUAAGCGCUCAUGAUCUCAUCAAAGCAGAUAAGGACAAGCUGCCAGUACAUGUUGUUGUAGAUCCAGUCCUCAGUAAGGUCCUACGUCCCCAUCAACGAGAGGGUGUGAUGUUUCUGUGGGAGUGUGUGACGGGGCGGAGAAUUCCGGGCUCAUAUGGCUGCAUAAUGGCAGAUGAGAUGGGCCUGGGGAAGACUCUGCAGUGCAUCACCCUGAUGUGGACCCUGCUCAGACAGAGCCCUGAUUUCAAGCCUGAGAUUGACAAGGCCAUUGUGGUUUCUCCAUCCAGCUUGGUCAGAAACUGGUAUAACGAAAUUGGAAAGUGGCUGGGCGGACGUGUGCAUCCUGUGGCCAUCGAUGGGGGCUCCAAGGAGGAGAUAGACAAGAAGCUUGUAAACUUUAUGACCCAGCACGGCUUGAGGGUUCCAACUCCAAUUCUGAUAAUUUCAUAUGAAACGUUCCGCCUCCAUGCUGAGGUUCUUCACAAAGGCAAAGUUGGACUGGUCAUUUGCGAUGAGGGUCACCGGUUGAAGAACUCUGAUAAUCAGACAUACCAGGCCCUGAAUGCGAUGAAUGCUCAACGGCGAGUUCUCAUCUCUGGCACACCAAUUCAGAACGAUCUGCUGGAGUACUUCAGCCUGGUGCACUUUGUCAACGCUGGUAUACUCGGUACAGCUCAGGAGUUCAAGAAGCGGUUUGAGAUUCCUAUCCUGAAGGGCCGGGAUGCAGACGCUAGUGAUAAAGACCGAGCUGUUGGGGAGGAGAAACUGAAAGAACUCAUUAGUAUCGUCAACAGGUGCUUAAUCCGAAGGACUUCCGACAUUCUUUCCAAGUAUCUUCCUGUCAAGAUUGAGCAAGUUGUUUGCUGCAGGCUGACUCCUCUGCAGAAGGAGCUGUACAAGCUGUUUCUGAAGCAGGCCAAGCCAGUGGAGAGUCUGCAGCACGGCAGGAUCAGUGUGUCCUCUCUGUCCUCCAUCACCUCGCUCAAAAAGCUCUGCAACCACCCUUCACUGAUCUAUGAGAAGUGUGUGGAGGGAGAGGAAGGCUUUGCUGGAGCGAUGGAUCUUUUCCCCUCAGGUUACUCCACAAAAGCCGUAGAGCCGCAGCUUUCAGGGAAAAUGUUGGUGCUGGAUUACAUACUGGCCAUGACCAGGACUACCACCAGUGAUAAGGUGGUGCUGGUCUCCAAUUACACACAGACUCUGGACCUGUUUGAGAAACUGUGCCGGGCACGGAAGUAUCUGUACGUGAGACUGGAUGGAACAAUGUCCAUCAAAAAGAGAGCCAAGAUUGUUGAACGAUUUAAUAGCCCCUCCAAUCCUGAGUUUAUCUUCAUGUUAAGCAGCAAAGCCGGGGGUUGUGGCCUAAAUUUGAUUGGAGCAAAUCGGCUGGUGAUGUUCGACCCGGACUGGAAUCCAGCCAAUGAUGAGCAGGCGAUGGCGCGGGUGUGGCGAGAUGGCCAGAGAAAGACAUGCUACAUCUACAGACUGCUUUCGACGGGCACCAUUGAGGAGAAGAUCCUGCAGAGGCAAGCACAUAAGAAGGCCCUGAGCAGCUGUGUGGUGGAUGAAGAGCAGGAUGUAGAGAGGCAUUUCUCUCUGGAGGAGCUGAAGGAGCUGUUUGCCCUCAACGAGGACACACUCAGCGACACACACGACAGGUUUCGUUGCCGGCGGUGCGUUAACGGCCGUCAGGUUCGCCCCCCUCCUGAGGAUUCGGACUGCACCAGUGAUCUGUCCUGCUGGCAGCACUGUGCGGACAAACGCGGGCUGAAGGACCCUGUGCUGCAGGCCAGCUGGGAUGCCAGCGUCUCCUUUGUCUUCCACCAGCGCUCUCACGAUGACCAGAGAGGAGUCGUCUGAACGGUUAAAAGCACCAAACACUGUACUCAACACUAGAGCAAACUGAUGUAAAAUAGGUGAAGUUGGAAAGAUGAGCUGUGCGAGCCACAGGACAUGGCAGCGUGAUCAGAGAUUUUUUAUUUAUUGUGUAACUAUGUUAAAUUCUCACAUUCCACAAAAUAAAAAUCUGUAUAUAAUGAUGGGCUUUAAAUACCUGAUU